GUCCUCCUGCCUCAUAUCAGACUUGACUAUUAUGCCGUAGGAAGAAGGAGUCUACCGAUGCAAAUAGACAGGGAGCGAAUAUCCCGCCAGAGCAAGUACGUGGACAAAAGGACGUAUCCAGCGUCUGAAUGCUGUCGCCCCAACAUCCAAUUCUUUGAUUUUGCUUCCAAAACAAUCUUCUCCGUUCCAAAUUACACAAUUUCUUAGCCCUUAUGUGGUGAGAAUAUUGCCUUGUUGUUCUGUGCUGCACAAAUCGUCGUCGUCCUCCUCACAAAUGCGCUCCGAUGGAGAGCCAUCUGCCGUUGUCACCUACCCAAGCACGAUACUCGCCGUCAAGGGACUUUGUACGAGACGACAUGAAGCCCGCACCUCUUCGACUCUCCCCAAAGACCAAAGAGACAGAUGAGAUUCCAGAUGUUCCACUACAACCAGGUGCAAGUUCCAUUAAGAACGCAACACAUACCGAUGGCUCCACUCCGACUGAACGAGCCACCGGUCAACUGUCUAACCAUCCAACAGAGCUGAAGAACCCGCCCCUGGCUGCCAUCUUAUCAAAGUUCGAGAUACUCGACGUCAUGACCGAUCUUGAGACACAAGCUACCACUGGCCAUGGACCAUCGAACAUAGAAGUACCUCGUUCGCCGGCCAACAACAGCACCGUACGUAAGGAUUUAGGUGUAUGUGUCAAUUCUGGCCUUGCAAAGGAACCUCCUCCUCGACUGGUUCAUGACGACGUUGUUGAACGGCAGUCGACCCCAAGCUUGAGUAAAACCUCCCUCCAUAAUAUUUCGUUACGCGGAUCCCAGAUUUAUUCAGAGACUGGGAUACAAGCAGCGGUAGAACCCACAACAUACGUCUUCGAUCCAUUCACUGGAGAGAGGCGGCCCAAUAAAGCCGGAAGAUCAGCCGAUGGAAGACAGAAAAGUCUUGUAGCUGAAAGACGACAAAUGUUCGAAGCUCCAAUGGGUAAGUACGUUCCCCGAAGUGAUGUUGGUCUGCCCGGGAUGCUGAUAAUGUGUGUAGGUGGCGUUAGUGCUAUGCCUGGGCAAUCGGUUAGCCUGCCGUUGCCACCUUUCAGCAACAACAAUUUCUUGCCACAAACAACGACGCCAUAUUGUACACUUCCCCAUACAAACACCUGGAAGAAGAGGCCAAACGACAUCGAAGCACCUCAAAGUAGCUCUCGAGCAGAGCCACUUUUGGACCCGAGGUCUGUCAACGACGGUGACCAAACGAAAGCGGCAGGGAGAAACACUUGGACCCGGAGCAUAUCAAAGAGCCUCGGAUAUAGCGCUAGUCAAAGAGUCAUCACUGGCAUCAGAAGACAGAGAGGUAGAGGGAAGCUCUUCGGGCUUUGGCCCCGAGCCAUGGAUGUCCUCCAUUCACGAGAAGCUUCAACCUCGGAAUCGGGAUACGAAAGUCUCAAAGCCCCAGACCGGUCAACGAGCCAGGUAGCUCCCGAUAUCUCCAAUUCCGUAAGUAAGAAGAGUGCGAGGUCAUCGAAUCUGCAAACAGAAUAUUAUAAAUCCCAGGAGGAGCCACAGUCGGGACACGCAACUUCCAUGACAGCGCUAUCUGAGCCAUCCAGUAAUGCUGCUAUCAUGACGGCGCAAAACAAGGUGGCAAGUCUGAGAAGGUUGUUCGACAAAAGCGCGAACGAUGCUGGCCAGAAAAGCGGUUCGCAACUAAGGCGCAGUGAUACUGGGCCAACAGAUAAGGUGUCGCCUCACAGUAAUUCACUGACGGUCUUUCAGUCUGGCCACGAACAACAACUGCAAUGUGAACUGUCCAUGGAUGGUGCUAUACGCCGUUCUUUCCAAGCGGCGGCGGACGCCAAUGCACCCAAAGGAUCAACUUCUUCUUCUUUGAAGGAUCGAAUAAAUACCCUUGAAACCAUCUGCCAGAUCGAUGCAGAGACGACUUCCUCAACCAAUAAAAGUAUCUCGGCAUCACGAUCGACUAUUCCUAGAAUAGAGCGCGUGGCAGAUGGUUCAAGAAGCCAUGUUGAGAAUCGACUCGAAAGCCUGGGAUUCAACCGGGGUCGCGAAGCAUGGCGGAAGAUAUCCGCAUCAUGGGAGAAAGGCAGGUCAGAAGAGGGCAAGAGAAACGGAACUGACCACACAAAGCAGAUAUUAGACAAGUCACAAGAGCAACGUACCUGGCAAGGAUCCUACCUGACUACUGUUCGACCAGAUGACACACAGCUAGCCGACUGCUCGCCGGAUGAGCCCAACACUGGAGGCCCGCCUGCGUCUACGUCUGCGCCGACGAGGGUCAGCCCCUUCCCAGCUCGAAAGAGCACGUCGGCUAUUCCACGGGAGUGUCUGAGCACCGGUACUAAUCUUGACGGCUGUCCAGAGGAACCAAAGCGAGCCUUGCCGCUCAGUACCACUGGUCCAGUCGGCACUUCGAACUGGUGGCAAUUUGGGUCGGCAUCCUCCCAGGCAGAUUGGAGGACCAGGUGGGACGCUCUGUCAGGAGAUGCUCAUGGAAUUAGCUGGGGUCGAUGGCGCGCACCACGAGAGAGAGGACUGAUGACAGCCGGUGCCGAAUGUCCAAUGCACCAUACUCGGCCAUCGCCUACCGUACGACUGGGUGAAAUGCACGAAGCUGCCAAUCGCCAGACUGAGACGAGGAAACCAACGUUGGACGGCUAGCUAGUAGUGUUCUUUAGUGAUGCCUUGGCAUAGAGCAGGUUAUCAUUUGUAGUGUGCCGGCUGGAGAGACCUGGGGGAUGAAGGCCGCAAGGCUAUGUAAUUUGGAACUGGGAA